AUGACUGUGAAGAAAUGGUCCGAAGCUCGCUGGGAGAGCCGCCUUAAAAGUAUUCAGGCGAUUCGAUAUCAAAUGCCUGAAAUUUUAAAUGCAUUUGAAGAAAUAUCAAAUACAUCGUCAGACUCUUUAAUAAGAAGUGAAUGUAAAUUUUUAGAAAAUGAAAUCGGUAGUUACGAGUUUAUUCUAAGUAUAAUUAUUUGGUAUGAUAUCUUAGUAGAAGUUAAUACAAUAAGCAAAAGUCUUCAGAGACCGAACAUGGAUUUAGAUAUUUCAGCUAGUAUGUUAAGUGGGCUACUAUCGUUUUUAAAGAACUAUAGAAAUACUGGUUUUAAAUCUGCAAAAACAACUGCAAAAGAUUUGGCAGAGAUUUCUGAAGAAAUUACAGCUUUUCAAGCUCUUACAGUACUAAAAAAAUGUUACGGUUCUUUUCCAAAUAUUUCGAUUGCACUCAGAAUAAUACUAUCAAUUCCAGUUACAUCUGCUGGUGCGGAAAGAAGUUUUUCCAAAUUGAAAAUAAUUAAAAACUAUUUAAAGAGUACUUUAUCACAGUCUAAACCUACAAGCUUGGCUACUCUAUCGAUUGAACAAGAAAUUUGUGACUCAUUAGAUUUUAAUGAGCUGAUUGAAAUUUUUGCUGUAGCAAAGGCUAGAAAAAAACAAUUUUAA